AUGGAGACUCGUUCGUGUGGUGUAGGUCGUCGUGACUUCCGCCGUAGAGGUGGGGGUCGUCACGGCCGACGCGGCGGCAAUCGAGAUGAUAACCAUGUCAUACAUUCUGAACCAGAGCAGGAGGCUUCCUCGGAGGGUGUUCACUCGGUGGCGCGGUCACAACCGUCACCGGCGACAGAACCAACUCCGGGUAAACCUUCAGAUCUGCUGGCUAAGUCAGAUCCAGGUGUCCGGCGGUGGCCAACGACGCCCGUACACAUAAAUCCGGAUGACUUAAAGGCUAGCAACCAUGUGAAAGAACAAGAGGUGAUAACAGGCAUCACGCCAGUAGCUUUAAAGCAUAUGCUGGAUACUUUGCAAAAUGUUCAACGUCAGAAUGAACAUUUGAACCAAAUGAGAGAUUUCAAGCGUGGACAACGUCUAGAGGCUGAGGAUGUAGUUGAAUUCCAACCUUUCGUACCCGCCGUCACAGCGGUUGAAAUACCCGAACAUUUGCAAACAAUGACAUUGGACGCCUAUUCAGGCGACUCUGAUCCGAUGGAGCAUUUGAGGUACUUCAACACCAAAAUGGUUAUUGGCGGGGCGACAAAUGAUGUGAAAUGUAGAUUGUUGCCAUCAACAUUUAAGGGCAUGGCGAUGCAAUGGUUUAUUAAGCAGCCACCUUUCUCAAUUGACAGUUUCACUGAUUUAUCUACUAAGUUCUUAACUCAAUGCUCAGCCAACAAGACCACAAAAGCAACCAUAUUUGAUCUAAACAAUAUACAUCAACAACCGGGUGAGAAACUUAAAACAUACAUGGCGCGAUUCAGCAAGAUGGUUGUUCAACUGGAGGAGGAUAGUCUAGAUGUAUGUGUGGCGUCCUUCAAAAACGGACUUCGGGCAAGACCUUUGAAUCUUGAUUUGACAAGGCGCUCGGCGCGUGAUAUGAUGGACCUCCGAGCCAGAGUUCAAGAAUUUAUCUUGAUAGAGCAAGAUGAUCAAAACAAGAAGGAGAGAGAAGAUUGGAGAAAAGGUGCCCCACCAGGCACUGUUCCACCAGAAAAGCCCAAGGCGGGAAAAGACGUAAGGCCAACAUUCACUCCCCGCCAACCAAGGCCCGGCCCAUAUCAGAAUUCAAAACUGGGAUUCCAAAGCAACACUUGGCACAGGAAUUCCCAAGGAGCUUCCCCAACUCAGGUGACUCAGCCAGCUGCCUCACCAAAUACAGCCCCACUCACCAAACUAAAUGCGCCUUUGAGCACAAUACUGAGGGCUGUGGGUCAGACGAAUGUUGUGCAAUAUCCACCACCGCCUAGGCGACCACCAUCUAAUGAUGCUUCAGCACAAGAGCCCGCCAAGGUGACUCAGGGCGACAAAGGAAAAGGCAAGGAAGUGGUGGAAGAAUUAGGCGAUCCUGUGGGUGAAUGUUCAUCUAUCGCAGGCGGAUUUGGUGGCGGUGAGAUCUCCAGCAAAGCCAGAAAGAGAUAUGUAGCGGCGGUGAACUCAGUGCACGAGGCAUAUGAAGGAGCAUGCUGGUUGAAUCACUCACCAAUCACAUUCUCCCCUCAGGAUUUUGCUCAUGUAAUCCCACAUGACAAUGAUCCGAUAGUGGUAACAAUCAGAGUCAACAAUUACAAAACAAAGAAAGUGUUUUUGGACCAGGGAUCCUCGGCUGACAUUAUUUAUGGUGAUGCAUUCGAUUGCCUGGGCCUAAAAGAAUCAGAUUUAAAACCAUAUUCAGGGACUUUGGUUGGAUUCACCGGCGAUCGUGUCAAUGUGCGAGGCUAUGUGGAAAUCCCAACUGCUUUUGGAGAGGGGGAAUUUGUCAAAAAAUUCCAAGUCAAGUAUUUGGUAUUAGCAUGUCGUGCAAAUUAUAACGCCCUCUUGGGGCGAGACACUCUCAACAAGUUAUGUGCUGUGAUAUCAACAGCCCACUUAACCAUAAAGUAUCUGGCGUGCAACAGGAAAAUUGGAAUUUUGCGUGUGGAUCAGAAUGCAGCAAGGGAGUGCUAUCUUAGGAGUUAUGGAAGAAAGGCCGCCAAGGAGAGUCAUCGAAUUACAGAAAUUUUCCCAUAG